UCUCACCGUCUACACAGCGAAACUACCAGGAAGUAACGUCCGUUAGACUUUCUGUUAUGACUGAUGAUGUAGUUAUAGUAAUAAUGUAGCUGAACACACGGAAAUACAAGGAAACAAGUUCAACAACUAAAGCAGCAGUGGGAUGAUAUGACAGAAUCAACAGAGAGCAGAGGCAACAUGGAGGAUUUCUUCAAGACGGUGGGGGAGGUGAGAAGCCUCAUUGACAAAAUCUCCUGUCAAGCAGAGGAGGUGCAGAGGAACCACGGUGUCAUCCUCUCCUCUACAAACCAAGACCAGACAAACAAGCACAAGCUGGAGCUGCUGAUCAGUGAGAUCAAGAAGAACGCCAACGCAGUCCGAGCCAAGUUAAAAUCUAUGCAGAAAACCCUGCCCAUGGAGGAGAACGUUAGAAGGCCCUCUGUCAUCGAGCGAAUAGAGAAGAACCAGCACUCACAUCUGACCCGGAGGUUUGCAGAGGUCAUGCGUGGCUUCCAUAACUCACAGAUGUCCUUCAGAGACAAAUGCAAAGCACAAAUUCAGAGACAACUGGAGAUCGUGGAUCGAGUGACGACAGAUGAGGAGCUGGAAGUGAUGCUGCGUCGUGACAGUCUCACCAUCUUCAUAUCUGAUAUCAACUCCAACAAGCCGAUUUCCAGCGAGGCUCUGAGCGAGAUUGAAUCUCGUCAUCAGGAUAUCGUCUGUCUUGAGUCCAGCAUCAAAGAGCUGCAUGAGAUAUUUACUGACACGGCCAUACUGCUGGAAAUUCAGGGGGAUUUGAUCAACAACAUAGAAAAAAAUGUGACGAGUGCUGCAGAGUACGUAGAUGCAUCCAAACAGGAAACCAAUAAAGCCGUUACAUACAAGAAGAACCCUUAUAAGAUAGCAUCUCUACCAGACUUCUUCAAACCCUUCAAGAGGCAAACCACUGCGAAAACUGCAGCUGAUCAUAACACCUCAGACCUGGACCAUGACUGAGCUCCUGAACCUGUUUGAACAUCGACUGCAUCAAACAUGCUGAUCCACAUCAAAGCCUCGGCCUGAUCUUUUUUUAAUGAACAGUCACUUUGAAUUUUUAAAUUCUUUUAUAAUCACCUGUAAAUUGAAAGUGCCAAGGCUGCGGACCAACCUCAGCGUGUGACCCUGCCUGUGGACAAAUGCAAAAGAGAGAAAGCUGCAUUUGUCUAAAAGGACACUAACUCGCUCACAAUCAGCUUGUGUUGCUCUUAGUGGCCAGAAGGUGGCAUGACAACAUCAAAUGUGACUCAACCAUGGUCAUGAACCUCUGCUUAUUGUUUGAUUUGAUGUUUUAGAAAUGUAAUGUAAUGUUGGUAAUUCUCUGUGUGUUCAUAAACUAAUACUAAUCCUGAAUUAAAUCUGCUGCAUGUGAUCAGUU